UGGCGUAUAACAUCCAGCCAGGAGUGUCUGAAAGGGAUCCCAUGAUGUGUUCUGUCCAAAAUUAGGCAUGUCAAUGCAUGUUGUGGUGUUCGUGUACUUUCGGCUCGUUUGUGUUGUGUUGAAGAUUCAUUCAUAAAUAAUUGACAUCACUCGUCGUAUUUUCCUCUACGUUUUUGUUUUACAUACAGCAUCCAGAUGAAAGUUUUUUAAUGAAAUAAUUACCAAUGGAAAGAAAAGCAGGCGACACUCCAUCUUUUAAAAGAGACAUCUUGUGUACAGCUUCAGAUGCUGAGCUCCAGUCAGAUUUCCCAUCCAAGAAGAUCUGCCCUUCCUCAUUUCUCACUACGAUCAGUGAAGGGAGCCAAGAUGGAGUGAACACCCUUCCCAGUCCCGUCACCGAAUCUCAAGAUGAUGAGCAACGUCUUCCCUCAUCUCAGAUGUCCCUGGACCUGUUUUCACCACAAAUAGAUCCCACUGCCAUGUCGCAAGAGAUCAACCCCUUUUCUGCGCCCAUGCAAGGGAGGUUGACACCUGACUCGGACAGUGAGGUACCAACCCUUUCGGAGGACAGUGACGAGGAAGAUAGUCCUUUACUCUCUCAGAUGUCAUACAUUCAGGAGGAAGAUGAGCGUCAACUCCUCAGGACCUCGUCAAAAACAGAAAGUCUCUCCUCGAGAAAUCAGUCGAAAUCGACUCCUCGUACGACCUCGGAUGAACCCACAGACAAACUCAAAGAAGUGAAUACAGAAGAAAAUCUUUCAAAAGAUGUCGACAGGAAAUCUCAUUCAGACAAGGAUGAACCACUUCUCAGACCCAACCCGAAACGUUUUGUCAUUUUGCCGAUCCAGUACCCUGAAAUUUGGAAGUUCUACAAGAAAGCUCAGGCCUCUUUUUGGACAUGUGAGGAAGUAGAUCUUGGAAAGGACACGGAACACUGGAGGAGUCUUAAGCCUUCGGAGCAGCACUUCAUCAAGCACAUCCUUGCCUUCUUUGCAGCAAGUGACGGCAUCGUCAAUGAGAACCUUGCUGAAAGGUUCAGCCAAGAAGUGCAGAUACCUGAAGCCAGAUGUUUUUAUGGCUUCCAAAUGGCAAUGGAGAACAUUCACUCUGAGAUGUAUAGUUUGCUCAUCGACAGUUACAUACAGGACCAUUCUGAGAAGAUGCGCUUGUUCAACGCUAUAGAAACAAUGCCAUGCAUCAAGAAGAAGGCAGAGUGGGCUCUGAAAUGGAUUCAGUCGAGGGAAGCUUCUUUUGGAGAGAGACUUGUGGCCUUUACAGCGGUUGAGGGGAUAUUUUUCUCUGGGUCGUUUGCUGCCAUCUUCUGGUUGAAAAAGAGGGGUCUGAUGCCGGGGCUGACGUUCUCCAAUGAGCUCAUCAGCCGUGACGAAGGCCUCCACUGCGAGUUCGCCAGCCACCUCUUCACCUACCUGGUCCACAAACCACGGGAAGCUAGAAUCGAAGAGAUCAUCGUGGAGGCUGUAGGCAUCGAGAAGGACUUCUUCAAGGAAGCCUUGCCGCUGAGAUUGAUCGGGAUGAAUGCUCAGCUGAUGAUGGAGUACAUUGAGUUCGUUGCAGAUAGGCUUCUCACAGAGCUCGGCUGCAGCAAGAUGUUCAAAACCGCAAAUCCGUUUGACUUCAUGGAGAACAUCUCUCUGGAAGGGAAGUCAAAUUUCUUUGAGAAGAGAGUUUCUGAAUACCAACGGGCUCAUGUGAUGACUGAAGACGACUCGAGGCAUGUCUUCACUCUGGAUGCUGAUUUCUAGAUAGAAUAGGGUUCUUCCUGACAAAUCUUGGGCCAAUUUCAAGUGCUCUGCUUACCGUAAACAAGUACUCUGCACUUUUGUCAAGCGUAUUCCAAAGGUUAGCAGGUAAUUUUUGCUUGUGCUUGUGCUUACUCCACUAGGCAUUAUUUGCUAACAGCUAGCGCAGAAAUUUGUUGCUUUGCAGAAUUUGGCCGUAAGCAGAGGCAUGCUAUUGGACCCUGUUUAUUCAUUAAGCUCUGCCCAGCUAUGGCACCUUGCGUAUGGAUGGAUAUCAUGUGAGUCUGCACACGUUGCAUUGAGGCGUCAUACCGUGGCACACACACAAUAUGCAAGACCCAAGUCCACUUUAUAUACUGGCAGGCCUGAUACUUCACGGAGGCAACGGAGGCGAUUGCCUCCAUGCCCACUGGUCAUUUAAUUGGUGCCCUUGAAAUGCUCCAGUAGAAAAUAACAAUUUCCUUACAAGGUAACUUUACCAAGGAGAAAAUGCCUUGGUGCCCUUGCCCUUUCAAAAAUGGAGCAUCAGGCCUGGUGCUGUCAACCAUAAAGUUGCUGUCUGGCAAUAUUCCGUAAAGAUUUGUUUCUAUUUUAUUUUAAAAAGCGGAAUGGGUUACAACUCGAAAAUAAUACAAUGCACUCUUGUUUUAACCUCUGACCUGUUUCUGUAAGCGUUGAUCAUGACGUAUGUGUCACAUUACCAUUAUGAGCUACUAUUUAUUGAACGAACAGUUGACCAUUGAUAACAGUACUAGAUAACACUCUACUACAGAUUUUGUAAUAUUGUUUUACUGAAAUAAUACAUAUAUGUUUGUUGCAUUAUUUAAAAAAAAAUUCUUUGUAAUGUAAUUUAAGAGCAUUAUGAAAUUGUCCUUAUAGCCUCGGGCCCGUUGUUAAGUGCACAAUUUUAGCCAAGGGGUCCUCUGUUUCUCUGGUAUUCUCCGGUAUUGUAAGCCCGGUUCAUUCUUCCUGAGAAUGUGAACGCGAUACGAAUGUUGACAGCACAAAUUCGCAAUGAUCAGCAGUUGAGCUAGGCUCAAGUCUCUUUCGAAUUCACAACGAAAACAUAAUGUGACGUCAAAUUCGGGUUUGCAUUCGUAGGAAGUAUAAACCGGGCUGUAGAGGCUUAGAAUUUGUUAGAGUUAUUAUUGUACUGAUUUCAUCAUUAUAUUAAUAUUUAUUGAGCUUACCAUAAACAAGUACUAUUUUCUAAGCAAACCAUGUAGAAAAUGUGGAAAUGUAGAAAUAAACUGAACCACACACUGGAUGUGUGAGUUUUUAUGAUCUCUUGAAA